GGAUUCCCUUUCCAGCCAAUCGCGCGUGAGCAACGGGAUUGCCCCUAACAAAUAUGGCGGGCGAGGCCUCGCUGAGGGCAGACUGAUUUAACACCCAAACCCGGCGGCCAGCGAAGGCAGUGGUAGCGACGCGGCCCCGAGCAUGGAGGGCGGCAGCGCGGGCAGCGGCGGCAGCGACAGCAGCCCCAGCGGGAGUGGCGGGGCGCAGCAGAGGGAGCUGGAGCGCAUGGCUGAGGUCCUGGUCACCGGGGAGCAACUACGGCUCAGGUUGCAUGAGGAAAAGGUUAUUAAAGAUAGGCGACAUCAUCUCAAAACCUACCCAAACUGCUUCGUCGCCAAAGAACUGAUUGACUGGCUGAUUGAGCACAAAGAGGCUUCUGACCGAGAGACAGCAAUUAAACUCAUGCAGAAAUUAGCAGACCGGGGCAUCAUUCAUCAUGUGUGUGAUGAGCACAAGGAAUUCAAGGAUGUCAAACUCUUUUACCGCUUUAGAAAGGAUGACGGCACCUUCCCAUUGGACAACGAAGUGAAGGCCUUCAUGAGAGGACAGAGGCUAUAUGAGAAGCUGAUGAGCCCUGAACACACACUCCUACAGCCCCGGGAAGAGGAGGGGGUCAAGUAUGAGCGCACCUUCAUGGCAUCUGAAUUCCUGGAUUGGCUGGUUCAGGAAGGGGAGGCCACCACAAGGAAAGAGGCAGAGCAACUGUGCCACCGGCUUAUGGAGUAUGGCAUCAUACAGCAUGUGUCCAACAAGCACCCAUUCGUGGACAGCAAUCUUCUCUACCAGUUCAGAAUGAACUUCCGGCGGAGGCGAAGACUCAUGGAGCUGCUCAAUGAAAAAUCCCCUUCCCAGGAAAUGCAUGACAGUCCCUUCUGCCUGAGGAAGCAGAGCCACGACAACCGGAAAUCUACCAGUUUUAUGUCAGUCAGCCCCAGCAAGGAGAUCAAGAUCGUGUCUGCCGUGAGGAGGAGCAGCAUGAGCAGCUGUGGCAGCAGUGGCUACUUCAGCAGCAGCCCCACCCUCAGCAGCAGCCCCCCUGUGCUCUGCAACCCCAAAUCUGUGUUAAAGAGGCCCGUCACUUCUGAGGAACUCCUGACUCCUGGAGCACCGUAUGCCAGGAAGACAUUCACAAUUGUUGGUGACGCUGUUGGCUGGGGCUUUGUGGUGCGAGGAAGCAAGCCAUGCCACAUCCAGGCCGUGGACCCCAGUGGCCCUGCGGCCGCCGCGGGAAUGAAGGUCUGUCAGUUUGUCGUCUCUGUCAAUGGGCUCAACGUGCUGCAUGUGGACUACCGGACUGUGAGCAAUCUGAUUCUGACGGGCCCACGGACCAUUGUCAUGGAAGUCAUGGAGGAGUUAGAGUGCUGAGCGGGUGGCCUUCCUGGCACUUCGAGUGGCUGUGGAUGAGCAAAGCCAAAACAACACAACGCAAUGCAGUGACAAGACUUCCAUGCACAUGGAUGGCUCUGGACAUACAAACCUUUUCUUCGUAUAGACACACCUUGAUUUGAGUUUCAUACACCAUUUUGAAUGUGGAAGAACCGGGUAAUACAUCUUAAAAACAGCAACUUACGUCAGUGUAGAAAAUAUUUGGGACAGAAUUUCCUUAAUGGAUAGAAUUGCUUUACUUGAUUUCUGUUGGUAGUUCUCAUUCACUGUUUCUUAUUUUAAUUUGCAGAAAGUUGUUGAAAUGUUUCUCUAGCCAAAACAGCAACUCGCUAAAAUCUCCUUCGUAGGAGUCAAUAGAGGAUUUUUUACAGGCUUUCAACUGUAUUCUCACCAAAAUGAACAUGGAACUGUUUAUUAGAGAACCUAGAUUCCACUGAGCCCCAAAUUAAAGCAACAGUUAAAGAAAUAGUACCUGUUAAUUAGCAUUUUGGAGGAGGAUCUAAAGCUUUCAAGAGCUUACAGCCAUAAAAAAAAAAAAAAUGGCUUUUUUUUCUGAAUUCCUGCCUUUAGUGUCAACUUUAACUCAACAAAUGUUUUCAACUACAGCAUUAGUUAAAAAGCAAAAACUCUGUGAUGAUAUGGGUGUCGUAGAUAGGGAGAUACUACUUAAACUUGUUUGCUCCAUUUUCUCUGUCUGAACCAAAAUCAUUUGUUCUAUCAGCUAUAACAGCUUUCUGGAAUCAAUGCUGAAUGUGUUGAAUGUCAAAACAGAGACAUUUGUAUAUGCACAUAUACUUCAGAAUCAAGCCUCUGACAAGAUUUCACUUUGAGGGUGUCCCUUUUGUAAGUGAAGUGUUCUAGAACUUGGCCCAUAUGUGACAAAACUUGAAACUAAAUUGCCUUACUGGCCUGAAUCUUUACUAGCUUUCUAGUAUAACAUGACAUGCUAUUUAUUUGGCGGGAAUAUUUUUCACCAAAAGCAAGUCUUGUGUUGUAACUUUUCAGCUCGCUUGUAUAUAUGCAUGUUUCUUUUUUUUGGUGUAGAAAAGAAUGUAUUUUGGGGCUCGGUGUAUAGAGGAAAUUCCUCAAAGUGCCAAAUUAAGGAGCCAGGGAAUGCUGAAUUCUUCUUCAUUUCAUAUAAUGCAUUCUGAACAAUGAGGUUACUUUCUUAUUCUGUAUUAACAAAAUAAAAUAUGAAUGAUGUACCUCAGCCAUUAUUUUGUGAUAGGGUAUCAUCAUGUAUUGGUACUGGUAGAAUCGACAUACCAUGUUAAAGAUGCUACAUGUAUAUGUUUCUGGCAGUCCAACUUUCCUGAUCUGUAGUUUUAGAGAAUAGGAUUUAGAAGUAAGACAGAAUGGCUAACAUUAAUGCUGCCGAUCUACAUUUGGGAACUAUUGUCAUCUCCAUGCAUAUGAUCAUAUGUGCGUUUAUACUGUAUGCCAAUCCUUGUGCUAUCGCUCUUAACAAAUAUAAUCUCUUUUCAUCCUCAUCACAACCCUGCCAGAUAGAUAUUAAUCAUCCUCACUUUGUGGUUGUGGAAACUAAGUAUGAGCAAGUUUAAAAAUGGUCUCUAAGCUCACCCAGCUGCAAAAACUGCUAAGUGAUAGUAGCCCGGAUUCAACAACAGGUUUAUUCAAUGUUAAAGCCCAUGUCACCACCCCCAGCCUUUCUCCCUGUAGGGACCUUCUGUUGAAGGCUUACUCUGUUCCAGGUGCAGUGCUAAAAUUAUACAUUGCUAAUUCUUACUGGACUGUGAGGUCAAUGUCAUUAUCCCCAUUUUACAACUGAGGAAACUGACUCAUAAGAGGUUCAUCUUAUGCCCAAGGCCACACCACUAGUAAGUAGGAGGCCUUACCAUUCGGCUUUAAAAAAUGUUUAUAACAUCGUUAAAGGAUGAGUCUUAAAUACUUUCUGUCCCUAGGUAUUCAUUAAGUGACAGGAGAAGGACCGCCUUUUGGAAACUGGCAUCUUUUUCUUGUCUGCUUACUUGUACACGUCCUAAUGCCCCUCGUGUUGGCCCAGGCAUAGUAUCACUUCCCUUUGGCCAAUCUAAGCACCAGAGAAGGAAGUGUCUGGCUUUAUUCACUCCACACCUGUGAAAUUUAUUUGAUUUGGAGUGUCAUUGAUGUCCUUGGCCAUAUGAAUACCAAUGGGAAGGAAACAAGGAAGGAAGGGAGGGAGUGAGGAGGGAAGGAACUGUUUUCUCUUUUGGCUCUCAUCACUCCCAGUUUAAAGGCCAAAUGCUAGAGAAGUCUACUUAAGGCCAAGAUGGCUUUACCCUAGCCUCCCUCCAGUCCACCUGUGACAUCCGCACACUAUAAUUAAAGCGAAUGCUCCCUCCAGCCUUUGCACCUGCAAUUUCUCUUCCCUGGAAUAUCCUUCUUUGCCUGAAAAACUCCUCUCUCAUUGACUAUCCUUAGCUAUUGUCUCCUCUGAGAAACCUUUGCCAGCUCCUUAGACCUGGGAUUAACGCCCCUUCUCUAAAUUCCCAUGGACCCUCGCGCAUCAAACUCCUGUAAUUCCAGCAUUUACUUUGAAACUGUCCCAUUAUGCGUCUGCCUCACUAACUACACCCUCAGCUUCUGCAGAAAAGGCACUGUGUCUUGUUACCCAGGUAAUCCCUUCACCUAGCCCAGUCCUGACACAGAGCAGUGUGUCCAUUGCUAUCCAUGUUAUCCAACGAACCACCCCCAAACACGCCUUAUAGCACUAUGUAUUUGCUCAUGAUCUAUGGGUUAGCAUUUUGGGCAGAGCUCUGCUGGCAUGGCCCAGCCACUGCUCCAUGUGGUACCGGUUGGGUUUACACAAACAUUUGUAGUCAGUGAAGAGUUGAUGUGGGGGGGCGGGGGUGCUGAUCUUGGAAGAUCAUGCAUAUGUCUCGCAGUUGGCUGGGGUGCCUCAGUUUCUCUCCAUGUGUCCUUUCCCCACAUGAGAUCAAAGCAGGUGAGAAUGGAAACUGCCUGACCUUUAGUGGACUUGACUGGAAAUCACACAGCAUAGCAUUUGGUUAUUCAAAGCAAGUCACAAAGCUAGCCCAGAAUCAAGAGGUAGGGAAACAACCUCUACCUUUUGCUGGAGGAGCUGCAAAGAAUUGGUGGCCAUUUUUUCUCCACCAAGAGUAGGUACUUAUUCAUUAUUUUUUGAAUAAAGGACCAAGAAAUUGCCUAGUCAUUGAAAGACUUCAGCUAUCCAGAUGCAACUUACUGACCAACCUCUGGGUAGAAGUAUAACAUUAAGUUGUAAAUGAAGCUCAGUGCCUAAUGAAAACUUCAAAGCCAGAAAAUGCUGACAUGGUAGUGCUAUAUGGAGCCAUGAAGAGCACAGUUUAGUCUUCCUAUCCCGUUGAUGAGGAAGUAAGUGUGGCAUCAUCAGGUGGCAUGUCCAAAGUCAAGAGGCUUGUUGGGUACAGUGCCUGGGCCAAAUACUGGUCUCCUCCCCCUCCUCCCCCGCAAUCCUAUGUCCUUUCUAGUCUAGUGUUCUGCAGUGUAGGCUUUUAGCUUUGAGGUACUUAUAAAAUACAAAUGGUGCCAUGUAUCUGUGAAGGUGAGGGGUCUACAUUUUAGUUGACUCAUGUUGUUAAAUCCUAUCAUUAAAAAAAUAAGUAUUUUGUGUGAUGUGUUGACGGUAGAACUGCUUUAACAUUUAGAAACUCCAUCCUUAAAUGUAACACCAAGGAUUAUUCUCAAUUAACAGUGAGCAGUAUUUCUAAGAACUUUUAUUUUAGCGUAUGCAUGUGUGUGUGUGUGUGUGUGUGUGUGUGUGUGUGUGUGUGUAGCAGUGUAUUGCGUGUGAGGUUUUACUCAUUGAGAAUCCCUGAAAUGGCUUUCUUCAUUCCCAGAGAAAACACUUUUGAUAUGUUUGUUAAUUCUGUUGUAGAGAGAAAAUUGCGGUUGCCUCUUGGAUUGAUUCUAUUUUCUGAUGUUUUAUCAUUAACCUCUGUUAAAUAAUUAUAUAAAUUGAUCAGGGGACUAGUUGAGAAAUGAUGGGUAACAUGAAGACGAUACCCAUGUCUGAGUAGAUUAGGUGUGAUCAACUUCACACCAUCUUAAAGGAGAAUGUGUUGGAGUGGUAGCAAUGAAUAAUUUAAAAAUCAUUGCUUUCAGUUCAAAGUGAAAUCCCACAUUUUCAGAUACUCAUUCCUUUCAAAUAUGCUGUGAAAAUAAUCUACUUUCAAGGCCUAUUUUAAACUGGUGAUGUUAACUGUUCUCUCCUGUUGAAUAUUAAUCCCAUUUCAUUUUGUUCAUAAAUGAUCAGAAUAACUCUUUUCAGUUUUGCUGAUUGGUUAGAGUCUAUUGAUAUCAUUGACCGUGGUUUUACUCAUUUAAGACAGAAUUUAAGGAAUAAUAUGUUUUUCCUCAGUUCAAUAGCAACAGGACAAAUCUGCAGUGUACCAAAAUGAAGAUCAUCAUCAAAGUUAGCUUAUGAUAUUGUCAAAUGCAUUAAUAUAUGUACUUAAUAUAUAUGCUUAUUUUUAAAUUAGACUGAAAUUUAUGUUCUCCCUUUAUUGAAAAUUACAGUAUAACACUUAAAAUUAUAAGGUAAAAAUAGCUAGUAUAGCAUGAAAUAAAUGUUAAUUUUUAAAAACAGUGACUUUAGGGUUUCACUUUUCCUGUCUUUUAGAACAAAUUAGCUAUUUUUUAUUCUAAGAAAGGGUUGCAUUAUAACGCUGACAACACAUGGGACUCGUCUCCAAUUCUCUAAUGUAGCCAAAAGUGCCAUUCGUAAAACUACUUAGUGAUGGAUAUUUUCUGAAGCUUUUUUGCUUGAGGAAAAAAAUGCAUUAAAAAGCUUUUUCUGUACUGUAUUUGAGUUGAAAUCAUUUUGUCCCUACACAUCCUAGUAUUGAUGAGUGUCAUGAAAUAGUCUAUAAGGGAAAUGCUAUAUGAUUUUUUGCUACUCUGAGAAAAUGUCAGUAUUUUUACUUUCAGUGAAUUAGAAAAUCAGUCACAUAAUUCAUUAUGUAUAGGGGCAGGAUAAAGUGUGGGGUGAGUGUUUUCUUGGACUACAUGUAAUAUUAACCAAAAGAACUUCACAUCUUUCUCAUAUUUAUUCACUUAUUUGUUCAUUCAUGAAACCUCACUGAGGAUUUGUGUUUUGCAGAACACUGCACACAGACCCUGGGAAUACAAAACUGAGUGGACAUGACCCUGGGUCCAGCUUAUCUUGUAAGAAUCACCUUUGGGUCUACCUCUGCGCAGAGGGAGGAAUAUGAAAUAAUGGUGUUGAAGCAGGUGGUUUAAUGUCAGACACAGAACACUGGCAACUUACAUUUAACUGUAUUCUCCUUUCCAAUCUUCCCCCACUUUCCCUUACUCAAGGUGGCCACAGGGGUGAAUGUUGAGUUUGCUAUUCUCUUCUUCUUUUUGUUCUUAAUACUUGUUUAGGGCUUUUUAAAUAAACAUUCUUAAAAGAGCAUCAAUUUUUAGAUAAUGUCCUGGGACUUGCUUGUUUUAAUUCAGGAUUCUAUUACUAAAAUUCUUCUAGGUUUUUGUGUAUAGUUGUAAUUAAUUCAUUUUUCAAGGCUUCAAAAAUUUAUAGAACACACAUUACUUGUCUUUUUUUUCCUUGUAAUUAGACAUUUGAGUUAUUUCCAUUGUUGUUGUUGACAUAAAUGGGGUUACUAUGAACAAUCUGCACCAUCUCCUGGGAACAAGUGGAGGAAUUUCUCAUAGGAAUCCACUUGGGAGAGAAACUGCUGAGUCAUGGGAAAUGUGAAUGCUAACUUUACAAGGUCACAACGAACUAGUUUCCAAAGUGGUUGAACCUACUCUCAUCCAAUAUAUAAAAGUGAUAUUUGUUAUCAGUAUCUUUUCCAACACAUUCUGAGAUGUCUUAAUUUUUGUCAAAUAAAUGCCUAUUUGGUCAAUAA